AUGAAAGCAUUAGUUGCCGUUAAAACAAAGCUUUUCAAGCCAUGCAAAAUUAAAUUAUCCAAAUUAUUCAAGUUUAAACUCAGAAAGCCUGUCUUUAUAAGCGCUCUUGGUUUUCGACCUCGUUCGUGGCACAACAAACCCAGAAAAUCUCCUCCCAGGAAUCGAAUGGCUGCAUUGUUGUCGGGGUUUCGGACGCUAAAGAAGUCGACAAAGAUGGAUAGUCAUAGUCAAAGCCAUAGAUCAGUGACAGAGGGAGGAAUUGGUUCGAGUAGUAAAAGGGAAAUUAUCCCGGCUGGAGAUGAAGAUGUUGAAGAUGCAUGCAGGAGUUUUGAGAAUUAUUUGGUGGAGAUGAUUGUUGAAGAAGGAAAAGUUGGGGAUUUGACAGAUGUUGAAGAGCUUUUGUAUUGUUGGAAGAAUUUGAAGAGUCCUGUGUUCAUUUAUUUAGUUUGUAGAUUUUAUGGAGAGCUUUGUAAGGACUUGUUUUCACCUGAUCAGGAUGAUCAUACUCUUAUUGAUCAUCAUAGUUCCAAGUGAAAUUAAUCUGUAUCUCUCUCAAUUCACGCACACAAUUUCUAAUUGUAAUGUGAUCAUGAUGCCUGUAUCAUAAAUUCCUUUUUAUUUUUUACCUAGAGAUUGCUUUAAUUAGGUAGUGCUUUGAA